AUGGCAGAACGGAGGCAAGCAGACCACACUCACUGUGGCUGCAGUACGAGCAGGCGGACGUCGACGCCCCACUAUCCGAGCCCCCAUCCAACACAAGAAGCGACAUUCAUACAGUCUCUCAGCCGCUCAGAAGAGCCGUCGCCAACCCCGCAAGGCUGCGAACCCAGCCUCGCGGUCGAGCGGCUCAGCAGCGAGCAAGCGGACCUGGUCAACGCCAGAGUUCGCCGGACAUUGCAGCAAGUUUUCUCUCUGGAUUGCCUCUCUGGAACACUGGUCUCUCGUCCUUGGACCUCUGGCGACACUUCGAAUUCCUUCGCUCGCCUGUGUUCCUCGAUGGUCUCUGGCGCCUACUUCAUCUUCGACUUGGAGAAUCUGGCUGGCCACAUCUCUGGGUCAUGGCUCCGGACCAUCGACGUCGUCGCUUCGCACCUCAACGGCGACAGAGGCAUCCAAGAGUGUACCGUCUGA